AUGCCUUCAUAUCGAUUUAUGGUUACGGCAAUUGAUGCCAUUGGACACAUUAAUGCUGUUUUAGGAUUUUCGGAAGCUUUGCAAGCAGCUGGACAUGAAAUUUGUUUUGUUCAUCGGGAGAAACAUCGACAUUUAGCUGUUAAAAGAGGAUUCCAGUUCAUUCCGUUCGAUGAAACAGUAUGGAAGGCAAAUUUAGAUGAAAUCAUGCUCAAGUGGCUUGACUCACUUUCAAGUAGAUUCAAACAAGAUCCAUUGCAACGGUUCCUCGAAAUAUCUCCAACUGAACAUGAAGGUUACAAAGCUCAAGGUUCAUUUUUCGUUAUCAUGAAUGAAGCUAUUGAUAGAAUUCUUUCUGAUAAGAACAAUAAAUUCGACGCUCUUCUUGUUGAUUUGGCAGCUCCGUUCCCAGCUCUUCACAAACAUCCAGUUCUUUGGUUCCCUCUCAUGUCAUCAGCUCCAUUGGCUUUGUAUCCAUCAGGACCUCCUUACACUUCUGGUUACUCUGUUUACAGCGAUAAAUCUAAAUGGGAAGAGUACAGGAAAGCUUUAAGAGAGGCUCAUUCGGAGAUCAUCAAAAUUAUUCAGGGCAAUCUUGAUGCUUAUGGUCUCAGCCAUAUUAGAUUCGACCCUACAUAUUGGCACGACGAGCCUCAAACAGUUGGUUUCUAUCAUUAUCCAGCUGCUUUAGACUACACUGAGUGUGGACCAAGAAGUAAAAAUUGGUAUGGAAUUGAUUGUUUGGUUCGUCAACCAGAUUUUGAUACCGAUUUUGUUAUACCAGAAAACCUGAAAAAUAAACCUGGAAAACUAAUUUACUUCUCAUUAGGAUCAUUAGGAUCUGCUGAUGCUUCUUUGAUGCAAAAGUUUAUUGAUAUUUUAUCUAAAUCGCCUCAUAAAUUCAUAAUAUCUAAAGGCGUUCGAGGUGAUCAACUUAAAUUAGGUGACAACAUGUGGGGUGAAAAUUAUGUUGAUCAAAUCAAAGUGGUUCAAAACGUGGAUUUGGUUAUAACUCACGGAGGAAAUAAUACUUUCAUAGAAACACUUUACUACGGAAAACCCAUGAUUGUGAUUCCCUAUUUUUACGAUCAAUUUGACAAUGCACAACGAGUUGUUGACAAGAAGAUUGGUUUUCGUGUCAAUCUUUAUGAUUUGGAUGAAGAUUAUCUUCUUAAUUGUAUUGAGAAUGUAUUCAAUGACAAUGAGAUACAAAACCGUGUUAAAGCAAUCUCACAAAAUAUGAGAAACUCAAAGAGUUUAUCUAACGCUAUCAAAAUGAUGGAAAAACGAAUUGAACAAAAAAACAAUUCCUCUUGA